GUCAAAAGACAGAUAGGCGUUUCUUCACGGGCGUCGGUCGUGAAAAACCACAUUACCCACAAUCCUCUUAACCCUCGUGCCUACACGUUGCUAAGCGACAAAUACAAACGCCUUGGUGUGCAAAUUGCUAGACAGCCAUUGCAUUACGUCACAACGACGGCGUCGGUGACAUAUUUUUUGGACAACUUUUCGUCAUUUAAUAAUUAUAAUAACCAACCAAUAGCGGUUUGAGAAGAGUCGAGCAGGUGUGCAAAAAUGGAUGAAAGGGGUGCAGUUUUAAGUGCCGGGGUGGUAUCCAACUGCGUGGCCCAGCUCGGGUGCUUCGGAACUGGACUUCACCACCCAUACUUCCAUUUGGCACUCCCUGGGCGCAAACUUGGUGACAUAUCUAUUUUGUGUAAGUAUGUUCACCUGCAAAAGCUGGAGCUGUCCAACAACAGAAUUACAGAUCUAUCUUGCGUCAGCCACAUGCCCUUCCUCGUCAUCCUGGAUGUGUCUUACAACGAAAUCUCGCAAUUCUUUGGCUUCGAGGCCCCCAAGAACUUGAAGGAGGUCAACCUCUCCCACAACUAUUUGACACAAAUGAAGGACAUGUCGGCCUACGAGGCGCUCGUCAGUCUCGAUCUGGACCAUAACCAACUGACGCAGAUCCACGGACUGGAGAAGUGCUGUAAACUGACCCGUCUCAGCGUGGCGCACAAUAGAAUCGCCAACAUCACCGGUCUGGAACGCGUACCGCUUACAUACCUCAACCUGAGGGGGAACCUGCUGACAAGCACAGAAGGUCUGGAGAACCUGAGGAGGCUGCAGGUUCUCGAUCUGUGUCUGAACCAGAUCAGCAGUCUUUCUGGCCUCAACAACCUCCACCUGCUGGGCUCUAUCAACCUGGAAAAAAAUCAGGUUUCUGAGAUCGAGGAGUGUAAACACAUUCAUCAUCUUCUCCUGCUGAGGGAUUUGAAUCUCUUUGGCAACCCCGUACAGAAGCAGCCAGAAUAUAGGCUGUCGGUGGUCUUCCUCCUUCAGCAUCUGACCAUGUUGGACCAAGAGCAAGUCACUGUUGAAGAGAAGGUGUUUUCAAUCAACAAGUAUGACCCCCCAAUGGAAGUGGUGGCAGCCAGAGAUCAUAUGACCCAGCUGAUGUAUCAUCUAAUGCAGCCUCAGCUUCUCUAUGACACAACUCUUCCCAGUAACGACGCUCCAUAUCCGAUGCUGGUUCUAACCGGUCCGCAAGGCUGCGGGAAAAGGCAGAUGGCCUACCGCCUGUGUAAGGAGUUUGACGAAUACUUCGCGUAUGGGAUCAGCCACACCACCAGGGAGCCCUACAUGGGCGAGAAGAACUGUAGCGACUACCAUUUUGUCAGCAAGGAAGAGUUUGAGUGUCUUGAACAGCGGGGUGUUUUUGUGCAGACUGUCACUCAUGGUGGGCACAGGUACGGUCUGAGCAGAGAUGCUAUCGAAGAUGUCGCGCGGGAAGGAUUGGCGUGCUGCGUGCAAAUGGAGCUGGAGGGCGUGCUGAGUCUCAAAAAGAGCAUCUUCGAACCUCGCUAUAUCCUGAUCGUCCCCACCAUGGCUGAUAACUACAGGGCCGCUUUGAGGACUCGCAACCGCUACACGGACGCCCAAAUGGAUGCAGUGGUGUCUCGCAUUGAGCUGUACACCAACUUCAACAGAAGGAGGCCCAACUUCUUCGACAACGUCAUCCGCUGCGAUUACUGGGACAAAGCCUACCAGGUGCUGCAGCGGGUAGUGAGGAACUACCUGUUGCUCGACAAACGGGAAGAAUGUGAAAGUGAGCUUCCCGCAAAGCAGCGAAGGUCAGACUCAUCCGCAACCUCCCUCCCGGCCGCAGUCCUUGACCCACCACAGCCACUCUACAGAAACUAUUCCAACAAAACCCUGCAACAGCUCUUCCCCCACAAGACUCCAACAGAGCUAGUGUCCAUCUGCAGGCAGGAGCAGCCAGUGAGAGAGGCAGUAAUGGGGAGGAGUCCAGGGGUCUACAGUUGGCUCAUCAGAAGCAGCUCAGAUGAAUCUCAGGGCCACUCUGCGGAUACGAUCAAAGGUGACAAGCUGCCGGACCAACUGGGAGUCGGACGUCCCAGAUCCGGCAUCAAACCAGUUCUGCCGCCGAUCCCGCCCGGACGAAAGACCCCGCAAGCCAACAGCCCGCUGCCGUCGCCCAGACGUGGCCGCGUCCAGGCCGUCGCGCAAAGAUAGCGUGAAGGUUCUCGAAGGCUCAAAUUGCCAUUUUUUUUAAAAAACGUGUCGAGUUGCCUUUUAAACAGGGGUCGCACCUGGCCAUCCAUCACUGUCUUUCUUGCUCUGGAGGCAGCAGAUGUUGCAGGGCCGUCAUAAUUCUUUGGCAGAUAUUGUCUGCACGCUCGGCACCGCUGGGGUCUAACCUACUUACGCUGCAGUCGGAGCUUUCCACAAACUCAGUUUGGGCAAUUGGUGCCCUUUCUAUAAACAGGACAGCGGCCAUUUUAGUCUGUACACACAGUAUUUGAAAACAUUGUGCUCUUUUUUUAGGUCUUUUUGUGCAUCAAUUGACAAAAUCAAAUUGUGACUCAGUCACAUACAAUAAAAAGACAUAAUGCUAACGAGAUUUUCUGUUGACGUGAGCGAUGUAUUUCAGUGUCGUUGACGGAGCUAGACGUCCAAUGCAUUUUUUUACGAAUUUAUAUUUUGUUAGGGCCCGAGCACUAAGUGUGCGAGAG